AUGAACAAAUUGUUUAUUCGAAAGGCAGAACAUGAAGAUUUAAGAAGGGUUAAAGAACUUCACGAUAACUUACUAUGCGUUAAAUAUGGACACCAUUUUUAUGAACAACUUAUUAAUGGGCAUGGAUAUAUAUUACUUGUUGCUGUAUUAAAUGCCCAAAUAAUUGGAUUUGCAAGUUUUAGAAUUGAGUGGCUUAAUCAAAAAGAAGAAAUUACUACUCAAGCUGGAUUACUUACAUUAGGUGUAGAUAGAAAGUACCAAACACAAGGAAUUGGUGGAUAUCUUUUAGAAAAAGGUUGUAGUUAUAUGAAAGAAUUAGGAGUAAGUUCAGUUUAUCUUCAUGCAUUAGCAUCAAAUACUCCUGUUCAUUCAUUUUAUCAAAACCAUUAUUUUAUUCAUGAAGAUACAGUAAAGAAUUAUUAUCACUUCGAUAAAACAUAUCAAGACGCCUUUGUAUUUAGAAGAAAGUUUGAUAAAAAGUUACAUUCUCAUUUUUCAUAUUGGAUGGACUCAGUUUUGGAAAUAUUUGAAACUUGUUGCUGUUAG